AUGGAAGGCGGACUUACCAAAUCCCAGAUUACCAACUGCAUUCUUUCCAUCUUUGGAAUCCUUGGAAACACGCUGACCAUUCUAGUGUUUGUCCUUGACAGACAGCUGCUGAAAACCUCCUACAACGUUUUCAUUCUUUGCCUUGCCAUAGCAGAUAUGCUUACCUCCAUUCUCCUGCUCACAAGUCCCGGCUUUGGCCUUGGUGACCUUUAUCCUCGUCCAACCAAUAAAGUUCUGGGAGAAAUCUUCUGCCGAGUUUUCUGGAGCCGAGUUUUUCUCUUUCAGCUCGUGUUUUUCUCCGUUUACAUCACAUUGCUGUUAGCAAUAGAGCGGUGGGUUGCCGUUGUAAAGCCUUCUAAAUAUCACGUGGCCUUCAGGGGAAAGAGACUUGCUGGAUACAUCGUGAUCUGUUGGAUCUGGUCAUUCAUUCUCAAUGGGAUGGUGUUAUUUGAUGCUAACUUUGAACCAAAUAAUUCACCAUCCAAUGACAUCUGCGUAUUGAGAUUUGUUUUUUCAGGCUCUUUCUCCCGCACGUUCCAACUUAUAUUCAAUAUUUUCUUCAGGAUGUUCCUUCCUUGCCUUUCCAUGAUUGGACUGUACGUACAUAUGAUCGUGACGACAAACAACUCCCCAGUUGCGUCAGCGGCGAGCAAGGCCAAACUUCGAGGAAAGAUGACAAGAAUGGUCGGUAUAAUGGCUUGUAAUUUACUCAUAACUUUCCUCCCUAACCAAGUUUUUUAUUUCUUUGUGGUUACGGGAAAAGCACAAAUACAUACUCCACUCCACCAUUUCACAGCGUUUCUCCUCUUCACCACGAUUUGCGCUAAUCCAUUUAUUUAUGGAAUAAGCAACGCUAAUUACCGCAGGCGCUACAAGAAGCUUUUGUUUUCUGAAUGUAUCAAACGGUUCUCGGAAGACAACGGUGUUGUUGCCCUGAAACCUCGGAGAGUUGCCAGAGUUGGACUUGCCAGACCAGAAUCACCUGCAAUGAAAGUAGACGAUAUUAAUGACAGUUGA